CGAUCGAUUUAGACAAUCCAACAUAUCAGCUGCGCACCCUAAUGUGUAUGCAAUGCAUCAUGGUAUAUACAUGAGAUAUACAUACACGCUUGCAAUCCAAUCAUUCAUUUUACCAAUCUCUGCGUUCUCUCUGUGAAAUCCCUAUAUCUUUCUCUCAGCUCCCAAAUUCUCUUCGGCCCGUAGCUUUGUUCGAUUUCUUUGCCAAAGUAAGCGCAUCGAUGGUCCAACAAGAAGGGCUCCCAAGUCUCCGCAGCUCCUCCUUCAACUUCUGUGCUAUUUUGGUCACAAGCUGUUUCAUGAUUUUCUUGGGAAAUUGAACUGCUCUGCUCCAAUUAUCCUAUUACUUGGACAAUAGUACUAUGAAGCCAAGAGAACCACCCAAGGUCCAUUGCGAAAUGGAAAUGGAGAUAGACAGAAUCAGCCACUUACCAGGGCAUAUUAUAGACAAAAUUUUGUCACAAUUGUCACUUAGAGAUGCAGUGAGGACAAGUGGCUUGUCCAGCAAGUGGAGGUACAAAUGGAUUACCCUCCCACAUCUCAUUUUUGAUAAUCAGUCUGUCUUGGUUUCUUCACAAGAUCAAACAUUCAUAAACAAUAAGCUUGUGAACAUUGUGGAUCAUGUCCUCUUACUUCAUACUGGCCCAAUACACAAGUUCAAGCUUUCUCACAGGGAUCUUCAAGGUGUCAGUGACAUUGAUCGAUGGAUUCUUUACCUAUCAAGAGGCUCUGUCAGAGAAUUUAUACUUGAAAUAUGGAAGGGACAUCGCUACAAGCUACCUUCUUCUGUAUAUUCUUUUCAAAAGUUGAUUCAUUUAGAACUGUUUAACUGUCUAGUAAAACCCAAGCCAACAUUCAAUGGCUUUAGGAGCUUGAAGAGCCUUGAUCUUCAGCACAUUACCAUGGACCAAGAUGUGUUUGAGCACCUGAUAUCUAGCUGCCCUACGCUCGAGCGACUGACAUUGAUGAACUUCGAUGGUUUUUCCCUCCUUAACAUUCAUGCUCCAAAUCUCCAGUUCUUUGAUAUUGGAGGUGUUUUUGAUGAUGUCAGUUUUGAGAAUACCUCCAGUCUAGCUAUCGUUUCCAUUGGUUUGUAUGUAAAUAUUGGAUAUGACCAAAAUCUGACUCUGGGCAAUACUGGAAAUUUGAUCAAGUUUUUUGCUCAUCUGCCUUCUAUUCAGAGGCUAGAGGUACAGAGUUAUUUUCUGAAGUAUUUGGCUGUUGGGAAGAUACCAGGAAGGUUGCCUAUUCCGUGCAUAGAGUUGAAUUACCUUUCUAUACGCAUAAAUUUCAAUGAUAUGGAGGAGAGUUUGGCGGCUCUUUGCCUUCUUAGGAGUUCUCCUAACCUACAAGAGCUUGAGAUAUUGGGUCGGCCAGAGGAACAGACCAUUCCUGUAAGAGUAAAAAGUAUUGGGGAAGAAGAUUAUGACAACUGCCCACUUAACCAGUUGCGGCUUGUUAAGAUAGCUGGUAUUAUUGGUGUGAGAUGCGAACUGGAUUUCAUCAACUUUCUACUUGCAAAUUCACCUGUGCUUGAAAAGAUGACUGUUAAGCCUACUUCAAAUGAUAGGGGGUGGGAGUUGCUGAAGGAAUUGGUGCGAUUCCGGCGAGCCUCAGUACAGGCAGAAAUUAUUUACUUGGAUCCAUAACUCAUUGCCUUUUGUGAGCAGAUACUUGGGCACCGAUAAUUAUCAAAAGGUGGUAUGUUGCAAACUUCUCUUAGGUCUGUGAAUCUGUACAUUGUGGUUAUGUUUUGCAUCAGCUAUGUAUAUCUAUCUACAGUGGGGAAUAUGCUACACUGACAAUUUUUGUUAAUAUUUUUUUGUGGAAACUGUAAAUUUAGCAAAUGCUUUACGCUUCGUUUGUUUUGACGGAAAACUUAUCAACGGGAAACGUUUUCCCA